AAGAGAUUAUAAUGAAGUCUCAGUGUGACAAUGUAAUCACAACGUGAAUUUGAUUUAAUAUGUCUGUGGAUUUCUUUGGGUAUAUCUUUUUGUGUGUAAUUUGGCUUCUUGAGUCUAGAUGUCCGCUUUCAUCUUCCCCAGAUUCAGGAUGUUUUCAUCCAUUACUUCUUUGAGUAAGUGUUCUGGUUCUCUCUUUUGCUUCUGAGAGCCCCAUAAUGUCUGUAUUGGUCUCUUUGAUAGUAUCCCAUAAGGACCUUAAGCUUUCUUCACUCUUCAUUCUUUUUGUUCCUUUGACUUAAUUUUAAAAGAUCUGUCUGAGUUCUCUAAUUUUGUUUUCUGCUUGCUCUAGUCUGAUGUUGAAUCUCUCUGUCGAAAUUCUCAGUUCGGUUAUUAUAUUCUUCAGCUCCAAGAUUUCUCUUUGGUUAUUUUUUAAACUUUGUUUCUUUAUUGAAAUUUCACUUUGCGUAUGUUUUGUUUAGAGCUCACUGAGCUUUUUUAUUACAGUUACUUCAAAUUCUGCAAAAGGUAAUUCUGUGCCUACAUUUAAUUAGGGUCAUUUUGUGGUGCUUUUUGUUCUUCCUUUGUUUGGAUUGUGUUUAUUUCUUUCUUCUUUUUCCUUCCUUGAUACACUGUUGAUAUGUAUACAUUAGAAAAAGUCACCAUUUGUCCCAUCCUUCAUGGAUUGGCCUCAUUCAGAAGGCCUUCACCCUUCAGAGCUUGUUUGAGCCUCUCUAGCCUUCAUACUAGUCCAAACCACUGUAUUUGUUCUUAGUGCCCCCUAGGCAAUUAGGGUAUGCCAGGUCCCAUCAGUACUCUAAAACAAACACUAUCCCUUAGGUAGCUCCUGGAGAAAUCAGAAUAUUGUAUAUGUGAUCCGACUCUUUCCCUCCCCAGGAAGAAGGUGAUAGCUGGAGUUUUUCUCCUGCUAGCUCUGCUUUGGGCUGGGUGGAGGCCUAUGGUGCGUGUUUGUGUGCUAGUUCAAAUCAACUUCUUUGUUCUCAGUGUCCCCCAGGUGUCUGGGAUAUGCUGGGUCCCAUCAGUGAUCCAAGACAGAAGCCAGUCCUUUGGGCAACCCUGGGGAGAGUUGGAACAUUUGAUGCACAGUCCACUCUUUCCAUCCCCAGGAAGAAGCUGGGAGCUGUGGUUUUUCUCCCACUUACUCUAUAUUAAACUGAGUGAGGAGCUGUCAUAAGGGCCUGCAUGCUGUUCACAUCACUCCCUUUGUUCUCUUUUGCCACCAGGGGCCUAGCGUAUGUCAGGUCCCAUCCAUACUCUGAGGUGAGAUAGAAGCCAAUCCCUCAAACAGCUGUCACAGAACUUAGAACAUUAGAUACAUGGUCCAACUCUUUAUCUUCAGGGAGAUGGCUGAAGUUGUAAUUUUUCACCCAUGCAGUCUGCUCUAGGCUGCAGAUAUAGUGUUUGUGUUCAAACCACCUUUGUUCUCAGUGGCUGUCAGGUAUCUUGAAUGGGUUGGGUCCAAUCAGUGCUCUAAGAGGUGAGACAGUAGCCAGUCCCUUAGUCAACCUUCAGAAAACUUAGAAUGUUUGAUAUACAAUCCAACUCUUUCCUUCUGUGGGGAGAAACUGGGAGCUGAAGUUUUUCUCCCACUCUGCAUUGAUGAGGAAAAGGAGCUCUGAUCUAGUAUCGAUGUGUGAGACCAAGAUAUUAUCUCUAAAGAAGAGACAUUUUAGUCAAGUAAUAAGUACCCAUGAAGACAUGCCCACUUUUAUUCAGCCAUUUCUUACUCCACAUCAAAAAACUAUUAAUGAAGAGAAAAUCUGUGAAUGUAAGAUAUGUGGAAAGGCCUUUAAUCAGAACUCACAACUUACUCAGCAUCAGAGAAUUCAUUCUGCUGAAAAAAACUAUGAAUGUAAGGAGUGUGGGAAGUCCUUUCGUCGUGGUUCACUUGUUACUCGACAUCAGAGGAUUCACACUGGUGAAAAACCCUAUGAAUGUAAGGAAUGUGGCAAGGCUUUUAGUUGUAGUUCAUAUUUUUCUCAACACCAGAGGAUUCACACUGGUGAAAAACCCUAUAAGUGUAAGGAAUGUGGAAAAGCCUUUCAUUAUUGCUCAAACCUUAAUGAUCAUCAGAGAAUUCACACUGGUGAGAAACCUUAUGAAUGUAAAGUAUGUGGAAAAGCCUUUACUAAGAGCUCACAACUUUUUCCACAUCUGAGAAUUCAUACUGGUGAGAAACCUUAUGAAUGUAAGGAAUGUGGGAAGGCCUUUACUCAACACUCAAGGCUUAUACAACAUCAGAGAAUGCAUACUGGUGAGAAACCUUAUGAAUGUAAGGAGUGUGGGAAGGCCUUUAGUAGUGCCUCAACACUUACUAACCAUCACAGAAUUCAUGCUGGCAAGAAACUCUAUAAAUGUAAAGACUGUGGAAAGGCCUUUAUUCAGAGCUCAGAACUUAUUCAGCAUCAGAGAAUCCAUACAGAUGAAAAACCUUAUGAAUGUAGUGAAUGUGGGAAGGCCUUUAAUAAAGGUUCAAACCUUACUAGACAUCAAAGAGUUCACACUGGUGAGAAACCCUAUGACUGUAAGGAAUGUGGAAAGACCUUUGGUAGUCGCUCUGACCUCAUUCGCCAUGAAGGAAUUCACACUGGAUGAAUGAUAGGCCCUUCUGAUAAUCUUUAUAAUAUAUAUAUUAAAAAGUAAUUAAAAACAACAGAUAAUACAUGAUUGAAGGUUCCCCUAUGUAGUAGUUUUCUCAGGCUACUGUAACAAAGUACCACAAAACUGGGUGACUUAAAAUGACAGAAAUCUAUUUGUUCACAGCUUUAGAACUUUGAGAUCCAGAAUCAAAGUUGUCAUGGUUGGUUCCUUCUGAGGAAGAAUCCAUUCCAUGGCCUUCUCUUACCUUCUAGUAACAGCCAUAAAUCUUUGACAUUCCUUGGCUUAUAGAUGUAUCACUCCAGUCACUGGCCUCCGUCUUCACAUUGCAUUCUCCUUGUAUAUCUGUCUCUUCCUGUUCUUUUUUUAUACGGGACAUGAGUCAUAACUGGAUUAGGUCUCCACUUACUACAUCUGUAAAGACCUUAUAUCCAUGUACAGUCACUUUCACAGGUAUCAGGGUUAGGGCUUCAAUAAGUUGUUUUUUCUGACAUUAAAAUUUUUCUUUUAUACAUAACUUAUUAAAUUAUUUUUAAAAUGUGAACUCAAGGUCUAAAUUAAACCUACCCUCCACACCAAAGAUAGAUUCUAUCUCAAACUAUUUAUUCACUAAUUCCUUCCCUAUUGUUUUGUUCUCCUCUUUGGUCAUAUAUUUGUGUUUGCAUUAGCUUAGUUUUAAGGUCAUCUUUCCUAUUCCUUUGAUAUAUAAAUCUGUGCUACCACUGCUACACUGUAAGUAUUCCUUUGAUAUAUAAAUCUGUGCUGCCAAUACUACACUUUAAGUAUAACUUAAGGUGUUUUUUUAUUAUGGGAAGAAUUGUAACCUUAUAGGCAGCUCAGUUUUUUCCUUUUGUAAAACUAGUGUUUUAUUGUAAAAAAGAAAACAAAAAAAUAAAGAUUUGUAAUCCUACCAGA